GUCUCAAGCCCUGAGACGCCUCGCACAGCUCAAAGCGCGUCUGAAAAGGAAUGAGAGAUUAAGAAGAGACUAUCUCGAGUUCAUGCGAAAGACGAUUGAUGAAUGUGCAGAGAGAGUUCCGGCCGAAGGCGGCAGACCCACAGGAGGACGUAUUAACUAUGUUCCCCACCACGGCGUCUACCACGCAAAGAAACCAGAUAAGAUUCGGGUUGUCUUCGAUUGCAGCGCCGUCUACAGAGGCACAUCAUUGAACAAGAACCUUCUGCAAGGACCCGAUCUGACAAACAGCUUAUUGGGUGUUCUUUGUAGAUUCCGUCAGGAACAAAUUGCCUUUUCAUGCGAUGUGGAARGUAUGUUCCACCAGUUCUAUGUCGAUGAAGCAGACCGAGACCUUCUUCGGUUUUUCUGGYGGGAAGAUGGGAACCUGGACAGCCAACCGAUUGAAUACCGCAUGAAUGUCCAUCUAUUUGGUGCAGCAKCAUCUCCCGGAUGUGCAAAUKUCGGUUUCAAGCAAGCUGCGAACGAUGGAGAAAUUGAAUUUGGCCAAGAAGCUGCCAACUUCAUUCGUCGAGACUUCUACGUCGACGACGGCCUCAAGUCUGUAGAGACCCCGGAGAAAGCGGUAGAAAUUAUAAGGAACAGUCAAGCCAUAUGCGCRAAGGCGGGUCUAAGACUUCACAAGAUAAACAGUAACAGCAAGWAAGUUAUUMAAUCCAUCCCAGUUGAGGACAGAGCUAAAAAUCUUCAAGACAUUGAUUUCAACCAAGAUCCUCUACCAAUCGAACGAACUCUCGGUGUCAUGUGGUGUAUCGAGACGGAUUGCUUCCAGUUUAGGAUAAUCCUCCAAGAUCGUCCUCUAACUAGAAGAGGUAUUCUGUCUACUGUUUGCUCAGUAUUCGACCCUCUUGGAUUCCUGGCUCCCGUGGUCUUGGUCGGAAAACAGAUCCUUCAAGAGCUGUGUCGGGAAGCAGUCGACUGGGACGAUCCCAUAAGCGACAAUCUUCGUCCGAGGUGGGAAAGAUGGCGCGACGAGCUGAGUACCUUAGAAAAUAUCAAGAUACCACGAUGCUACAAGCCAAAGGACUUUGGCGAGGUAAAGCACGUUGAGAUACACAAUUUCUCAGAUGCUAGUCAGAGUGGCUACGGGCAGUGCAGCUAUCUUCGUUUGAUAAAUGAUGAAGGCCAAGCCCACUGUGCUCUGCUGAUGGGAAAGGCACGCGUGACGCCACUCCAACCAGUCACUAUUCCACGCCUCGAGCUUACUGCAGCAGUGGUAUCAGUCAAGGUUGGUCAGUGGUUGUGUCAAGAGCUAGAGUAUCAGGACAUUCAAGAAGUGUUUUGGACUGACAGCCAGGUGGUCCUAGGCUACAUCAACAACAGCGCAAAGAGAUUCCACAUAUAUGUCGCCAAUCGCGUUCAGCAGAUCCAUGAGCAUACAGAACCCAAGCAAUGGCAGUACGUGCGCACAGACUCCAACCCAGCUGAUGCAGCAUCACGAGGUUUGAUGGCCAAGGAACUCUUAGAGCAUGAGACGUGGUUCGGAGGCCCAGAAUUCCUCCGCAAGUUUGGUCAACAUGACGUCCACCAACGUGAAAUCAAUGAGCUCAGUCCUGAUGAUCCAGAACUCAAGAAGACAGUCACACUGACCACGCAUACAGACGACUUCAAGUCAGGUCAUCUUGAGACGAGCAGGUUGAACCGUUUCUCAAACUGGUUUACAGCAAAAAGGGCCGUAGCAAGGUGCAUACGAUACAAGAACCUGUUGAAGAAGAAGGCCAAGCUCAAACUGUCAUCAGAUGCCGACA